GUUGUCAUGGUACUUAUUUCCCGCGAUACAACAUGGCUGAUAAACAACUUAAAUAGAUUAGUUACUUUAAUUAAAAAAUGCCGAUAGAAACGCAUAAAGACGUUUCGGGAGUAAGAGUUAUUCCGCCAGUAUUACAAUUUAAGGAAUCAGUAAUUGGAACAGUUCAUCAACUAUCAAUUUCUGUGCUUAAUAUAAGUAAAGUUAGCCGAUCUAUCAGAUAUUAUGGGCCAAAUCAAAAGAUAUUUGAAAUGGAGGCUGAAAGUCCCCAAAAGCCUGUUGCCCCUGGGUUAGAUGUUAAAGCUACAGUAAUAUAUUGUCCUACAGCCGAAAAGGUAGACUCUGAUAGGUUGGUAAUAACUGUUGAUGGAGAUGUUAUCGAGGUCCCAAUAUUUGGUUAUCCAUCACUUCCCGCUCUAAGUGCAGAGAAUCUUGUAGAUUUUGGCAAUGUUGUUAACAACGGUAAAAUAGUUGUACAACACAUUUACAUACGAAACGAAGGAACGAAAGCUGGAGAAUUUUUCAUUGAAUACAAUGGAGAUAAGCCUAUUACAUUUGUGCCAAAUCGUGGGAAAGUAGCAGAACGAACGGAAUUGCCAGUAAGGGUUGAAUAUGUUGCUAAACAUGCUGCUAAAAUCGAUGAAGUUGCGAGCGUCUUUCUUGAAUUACAAGAGCCUUUCGAUUUAAAUGUUAAAGGCGAAGUUGUUGAAGGAAGAGUUGAACUAUUAGAUUACAGUACGCAAUCUUCAAUUGACUGCGUUCGCUUCGGCUAUGCAUACUAUGGAACAGAUUGUACCCAACCGACUGUCCUUUUUAAUAAUUCUCCCGAACCAAUAGCUUUUGUUGUUGUACUAGAUGAAGAUAGCGUUGGUCAAGAGAGUGGGAAAGACCUAGUCGCUAAUGCCGGUAAUACGAGAUUAAAAGCAGAAUUAGGAGGGGAGAUGAAUGACCUUACAUCUCUAGUUACGACAUUUCCUAAUUGGGGAACCUUACAACCUUACGAACGUCUGCCAAUGUUCUUUCGUUUCUCUCCUCGAUGGAAUUUAGCAAAACAAGGCUUUAUCACUACGAAAAAGUCACCGCCAAAGCAAGAUUUUUCAUUAUUUAUGAAGAUUCAAGUAAUUGGAGCGAGCGGUGGCUUUGACGAAAUGAGUAUUCGUAAUAAAGCGGCUCUGGGGGGCAAACAAAGUAAGGAAGUAGCAAUUACUGGUUCAGCUCUACCAGUUCAAAUUAACGUCUCUCCAAAGAAUGAAUUCGAUUUUGGUAAAGUAUCAAACGGUCAAAUGAGAGAAAUAGCAGCUAAAGUUACAAACAAAAGUCCAACUUUACCAGUAAAUUUUCAAUUUAGAAGAGUGGCCCAUUUUGUCGUCGAUCCAAAUAAUGCAACAAUUAAACCAGGUGAAACAAUGGAUACCAUAUAUAAAUUUGAACCAAAACAAAUUGGUUCGUUUGAGGUUAUUCAAUACGUUGACGUUUUGGGAAUGGUCUCGGAUAAUAGGAACGCUUUUAAAAUGUUACAGAAAGUUAUUGAAAGCGUGCCCAUCUACUUUAGGGGUAUUUGUGAAUCAACAACAAACAAAAUUCAGCCUAAGUAUAAUCCCGGUAUUACCCCUAAAUUAACCCACGAAGUAGGAUUGAACUCGGAAACAGCUUUAAACGAAAUUAGAACGGGACCAAGAGCUGCUGUGUUAAAAUCUGCUCCGCCAGGUCCAACAAGCGAAAAAGCAUUAGUAGCAUUCCCUAAUGACAGAGCGGCUAGCUUAAGACCAACUGAGAGAAAAGCCACAUAUCAUACAGUAUUUAAAGGAAGGGAAAGGUAUAAUUACGUGGAUCCGGACUAUACUUUUACGGAUAAUGAAGCUGAAGCUAUUAAACAGCAUAAGCAACAUUAUAAAAAUCUAAUAGACGAGCAUAGAAGGCAUAGAUUUAACAAGAUAAUGACAAAGGAUUACCUCAAAUAUAAUAAUCCUAUUGACAAUCAUUUGGAGCCUGCUAUAGGCCUUAAACCGAAAAAACUAAAGAUAACUGAUGUAAAGCCAGACCCUAGACCACCAACACCCCCCAAUACACACUGGAAAUUACUGUCAAGUAAAGAUUUAGCCAAAUUGCAACAAAAAUCUAGCAAGAAUGUUGUCGAUGGCUUAAAUGCUAUCCCUACAACUGCGAAGGAAAAGUUGGAAUGCUCUCAGAUACUUUCGCCGGCAGAACUUCAUCAGGUUAUCAUUGGACCACCAGAAGUUAACUUUGGCGAUGUCUGUAUGAAAUCACAAAGUCAGAUGGAAGUUAAUAUCAUCAAUAAUUUGGAACAAUUCGUUCAUAUAUCGUUCAAUCUUGAUUGCCAAGAAUUGCAACAAUCGAGCCCUCUUUCUCAGGUUAUACCGGCUAGAAGUAAGGCUAUUCUUCCUCUUAUCCUGGAAUGUCAGCAUGACGGAAAAUUUCAAAGAUCUAUCGAAUAUACAGUUAACAGAUGCUAUAAAUCCCAUAUUACAGUAUUUGCUAAUGUAGUACCUGUUGCAUUGGAACUAUCUACGGAUCAUCUUAUAGUUAAUCCAACCCCUGGAUUACCUCCUGAUGCCGGCUUCAGGGAAGUUAUAACUUUAAUAAAUCGCUUGAACCAAACGGCCGAGUUUACUUGGAAUCCUGUAUUAAAGGGAAAAGGAACUGCUUUCUCAAUUCGUCCUGCAAUUGGCACAGUCCCUCCAAAGUCUAAUUUAGAUUGCGAAGUUGUUUUUCACCCUUCUUAUCUAGCACCACUUGACGCUGAAUUUUCCUUAACGGUGCACGGAGGCGUUUCUUCUACCUUUACUUGCCAAGCAAAAUUAGGUCAAGCUCAUGUUCAAUUUGUGGAUCGAAGAUUACAAUUCGGUGCUUUACCGAUUAAUUUGAGUACAACAAAGACUGCAUUACUGCAGAAUUUGGGGCAAUAUCACGCCUUUUUUGAAGUUUUAAAGCCAAAUCCUUUACCAGGUAUAACUGUUUCUCCUCAGAUAGGCGUUGUUCCAGUUGGUGGUUAUGCAGAAUUGGAUAUUAACGUUUGUUCAGCAGUAGCAAUGAAAUUUGAUGACAAAGUUGACGUAGCCAUUCGUGGAGUUAAACCUACUGAUGUUCGCAUAGGAGGUUAUAUAGAAUCUCCCCAGAUCAGCGUAAACUUAAGCCGUUUUCAAUUUGGAGGAGUCUACUGUGGAUCGAAAUAUGCCAGAGAAUUUUUAAUUACCAACAAGGGAAAGUCAAGAGCUCAGCUACAAUUUGACUUAGUUCGGUACAAGGACUUUUCACUUGUGUUCCCCGAUCAUACUUCACCCGAGGAUGUAACAUUCGCACUAAAUGAACCGGGAAAGUUCUCACUUACUCUGGAAAUGGGUGAAGAAGCUACUGGCCAAUUAAUUUUCCAACCGACGGAAGUAGCUUCCUACGACUUUUUAUUAAAAGUUUAUGCAAACGAUUGCGAAAUGAUGCCUCCUUUACCUACUCCCCUGCCGGAACCUCUUGACGAAAAGAUGUCGAGUUCAUCUAUGCAACGUUAUAGAAGAAACCACGCCGAAAUUGUUAUAACCCCUUCAAGAAAGGUUACUGCUACAGCCCUAAGGCAACCACUCCUUCUAUCGACCAACAUUGUUGAAUUUACAGUAACACCAACAUAUCACGAAAUGUCUCAAAGUACUGGAAUAUGUAAGAAUUCCGGUACAAUGUUUAAGAAUGAGACGGAUAAAAAGCUAAAAUGGUGUGUUGAUACAUCAAAGGGUAAUAAGACUUUGGAAAGAGGGAUUUUCAAAUUUAUUCACGAAUCAGGCAUGCCUUACAUGAGUCAAACUGGAGAAGGAGGUGUUGAAGGUUAUCUUAAUCCGGGCGAAAGUCAUGCAUUGGGUGUCGUUUUUUGUCCGGAUAAGCCUGGGCACUUUGAAGUGAUGGUGCCUCUAUUAUUGAACGAUGAUCAUGAGAAACCUUAUCAAUGGAUUCAAUUAGUUGGAGAGUUAAAAGCUCCCAGGAUGUGGUUUGACCCUCCUUCUAUUGUUCUAACCCCUUUACCUUUGGACAUGAGUGUUACCUCUGAAUUUACGGUAAUCGCCGCCCACUAUAAAGUUGCCAACGAUGCUCGGGUUCAAUUACCCAUCGUUUAUUGUGAUGACGGCUCAGAAGCGAAGCCUCUUAAGAUUGAAAUAUUAGAAGGAAAUAGAAUUGAAGCCUGCAGUGGGGAAGAUGGUCAGCCCGACAGCGUCUCCUUGCCGUGUAAAUUAACGUUUCAAUGUUCGAAGCCAGUUUCAUUUUGUUCUCCUAUUAUCUUUAUUGAUGGUCAUGGCAACAAAUUUGAAUUACCUGUCACUGCUACAGCUGAUAACUGUCUAUUGAGUAACUAUCCUUAUCUAGCUCAACAUAGACUCGACCAUCAAAUUGUUUGCAUGAAAGGCCACCGUCUUAGGGGUCAACAAACUAUAGUGUCCUCGGCCACUUCCUCAAGCCUUGGUGAGGCUGUAUUAGUAGCUGUUGGAGAGGAAGGAAGAAGUGGUUCAAGGCCUAGUACAACUGCGACGUCUAAUUCAAAUUUUGAAGUUAGCAAUAGUUCCUACGAGGACAGCGAAACAAAUAGUUCUCCAACAGAAUCAUCAAUUUCCUCUGUACGAGAGGGAGCCUUGAACAAAGCGGCAUCAAGGCCUCCAGCCGACGUUAGCUGCGUAAGCGAGGCAGAAAAGAGAGCGGCUCAACAAUCUCGUUCUUUGGGUUCGGCAGUUUUUCCAGAUGAAAAUACAGAGGAGGGUUACUUUCAUAUUGAAGUAUUAACAGCAGUUCAGCGUUGGUUCUCUACACAAGGCUGGCCUAAUGGACCUUAUCCUAUAAGUGUACCAUACACUUUGAGAGAUUCCCUGUCUAGACGCCCAAGAGAUCCAUUACCCAUGCACAUGGCUGGAAAAGUUGAAACGUGCGGAAAGAACGCCGCAAAACAGCAUGGAUCUACUAAUAAAAAGGAAAUGGCAACAAUCUACGAUAUGAUUUCUUACCUUGCUGGUAGGCAACUGCCUGGAAUAGCAACUAAUAGUUCACUUCCUGAGGAUCCGGUAGAAAGAGCUAAGCAAGUCCAUUGGCAACAUUCCAGCUUACUCACUUUUGCGAAGGAACAAGGUGCCAAAGUAGCCGCUAUCAAACCAGAGUAUUUAAUGUCACCAAGAGACUAUCGAGUUUGGGAAGCUUUACAGCAAAGGGUUGAGGCAAUUGUUCGCAAAUCGGAGGGAGAGUGGCCACUUAAACCUCCCGGUAAAAAUUCGCGUACUCUUGAAGAAGACGCUAUGGAAGAACAAAUAUUUGAAGCAGUCAGUAAAAGGGCGUGGGUAGACCUUUUAUUACAGUUAUUAAAGUGUCUUGUUCUGGCAAAAGUAACGCCUAAAAGCCUGAAAAAGCAAGUCCAACACUCAAAUAUUGAUCAAUUACCUAAUUUAGAUGCCAAUCCCAAUUGUUCAAAUAUAUAUAAUCUUUCUGAAAGGACUCUAUUGCUUUGGCUAAAUCAUCAUUAUGAACAGCAAAGGGAGAGGAUAUGGUCGAAUGCACCUAAAGGAGGAGUCCCACCGGCUCGUUGGAUUGUAAAUUUUGAUCUUGAUCUAUUAGAUGGCCUUGUUUUAGGAGCUGUUAUUGCUACUUAUGCACCAUGGACUAUAGAUCUAUACAUGAAGGAAAUGUAUACCAGACCCGGAACAGCAGAACAAUGCUUGCACAAUGCCUUAAGAUUAGUCCACGCAAUCCGUUCCAUAGGAAUAGAUUAUGAUAUUCACGCUAUUGACAUAACAGAUCCAAAUCCCGUAAUGAUGCUUUUACUUGUCAUUCAGCUUUAUACAACACUACCAACAUAUAUGGCAAGAAGUACCAUAACCCUAUCCGCCACCCUUGGUAAGCCUAUACUAAAACAAAUCAAAAUAUCGAAUCCAUCCAACAAACAAUUAGUCUAUAAUGCUAUUCUUGCUGGUUCGAACGCUAGAGAUUUCUCUUUAGUGAAAGGUCACCAUAUAUCGGUUUCUUCGAAAUCUAGUACAGGCAUAAAUAUACAACUGACAGCAAGCCACAUACGAUCUGGUUCAGCUGUUCUCAUUCUUGCCCCAAAGCGAGCAGCACCUUUAUUUGGCUCAACGCUUGUUUUCGAACUAAAAUCCGAUAUAGAAUGUGCACCUCCGUUGAAUGUCAUCAAGGCGACUACGCCUUGUUAUGUUAUGGCAAGGAUUCCUGUUGUCGUUAAGAAUAUAUUCGAUAGAAAGGGAACAUUUAACGUUGUUCUCGUUCAAAAUUGCUACUUAUCGGGAAACAAGGAAGAGGUUGCUGGUCGAAAAGUAAAGGAGAUGAUAGAUGCACUACUAGAUGAUGGAAUAUCGCCUAAAACAAUGAGUGCACCAUUUGUCGAGGGAGUUAGAAUGAUAGAUAAGAAAGCAUUCCAUUGCGACAUAACGACAGUUGAAUUAGAUCCAAUGUCAGAAGAGAGUAUUAUAGUUAAGUUCCUACCUAUACAACCUGGUAAAUAUUGCUGUUCGCUUGUUAUAUCUGAUAAGCAAGUAGGUGACGCCGUAUUUGAAGUUUCUGCAAUUGCCGACUACCCAAAGCCAUCAGAGAUUAUAUCGGAUGAUUCAGAAAAAGAUAGAGCAUCUAUUGAAUUAAGAAAUAAUGAAAAUUCUGUAACUUGGGAAGGGAAUAAAGACUUAGAGAAUACUGUUUUUUGGCAAUGCGUCGUUGGUAAUCAACUUAAACAGAAGGUCUUGUUAUCCUUAUCCAAUUCUGCAAGAGAAAGAGCCCUUCAGAUCCGUAAGCAGCAAAACAUGAGUGAUAAAGAAUUGAUAAGGAGAAGAGCAGCUGGAACAUUAACAAGCUCUGCUAUUGAUGGAGAUUUAAAGAAAGGAGACGCUGCUGAACAUUCAACGAAACGCGAAAAAAUAAUAUUUAAAUGCGAAUGCGAAUCUUCCGAAUUUACUGUUCCUUCUAAGGUAAUUGUAUUACAAGGGGAUCAACAUAUGCCAGCUCGAAAAGAUAAAGAAGCAGCGUACGUAAAUUUAAACGCCCAUGGACAGUUUUCUGUUCCAGUAAAGUUCUUUACUGAAGAGGCCGGUCAUUAUUCAGCGAAUAUUAAGUUAAGGAGAGGCGAAGAUGAUAUAAGGGUAGUCAAAGUUGAGUGCACAGCAGUAGUUAGUGACUCGGAGACUUCAAUUGAAUUUGACGGCCCAGUAAAUGAGGCUAUUAUUCAGAAAAUACCCGUCUCCAAUAUGACCUCAUCAGAUUGGCGAAUGAACGCAACCAUAGAAGGUGAUGGCUGGUCUGGUCCUCCUCAACUCUUAGUUCCCGUUGGAUCGACUGUAAAUUACCCAUUAACCUUCCGUCCUCAAUUUGAAGGCCAGGUUGAAGGCCGUUUGAUAUUAGAAACUGAACAUGUCGAACAAAAGUUCUCGUUAAUUGGGAAGGGCCAGAAAUCUUUACCUCUGGACGUGAUCAAAUUAACAGCUGAAGCAAAGCAACGUCUUACUUACUAUGUGGACGUGCCCAAUAAGACCAAAAGAAAGCUAGACUUUUCGGUACAAUGUGAUGUAGAAGGCGUUAGCGGUUCGUCCUGUUUGGUCGUUCUUCCUGGACAAACUGAAAGAUACGAGAUGAAUGCGAUGCCUUUAAAGAGAGGCAAUUACAAAGGUGUACUAUCCUUCAUUGCCACAUCAAGUCCUAUUAAGGACGUCGAUAGUGACGAUGAAGAGGAAAAAGAAAUUAAAGCGGCAGAUCAAAAGUGCUACAGAGUGUGGUUUGUACUGCAAUUGGACGUUUUACCUCCUCCAUUCGAGGACAAAUUGUCGAUAAAAUGUGUUUGCCAAAAGAAAGCCGUUGUUGAGGUGCUUGUAACUAAUCCACUAGAAAUCCCAAUCAAACUCGAAGCCACAGUCCAAGGAUCGGGCCUUUCUGGACCUAAAUAUAUUCUAUUACCACCAGCCUCUAAAGCUACUUACGAACUCCUUUACUUUCCCGCGAGUGUCGGGAAAUUUGAAGGUGAAUUAGUUUUCUAUCAUCAGAGCGUUGGGGAAUUCUGGUAUUGUCUAGAAUUAGAAUCGGAGCCAUUAGAACCACAACAAUUGGACAUCUUAGAAUGCGAAUUAGGAGCGUGGACCAAAACGUCAAUAACGUUAGACAAUCCUACUUCUGAAACUCUUGUAUUGGAACCACACAUUUCCAAUCCAAACAAUUAUGUAUUAGAUAUAUCUAAAGUUCCACUAAUCAUUGGGCCUAGAAGCAAUACGGAAAUACCCGUUAUAUUUAUGCCAUCAUCCCUUGGAUCAGAGCAGCAUUGUUGUAAAAUAUCAUUUAGAUGUCCCCAGUUGGGGGAAUGGGUUUUCCUAGUUUCUGGAAUAGGCCUUCUACCUAAGCCAAAAGAUCCAAUUUGUGUUACAUCCCAACUAGGUCAUAAUCAGAGUGUUAUUAUACCGUUCCGUAAUUCUUUAGAUGUUGCCGUGAUUAUCGACGUAAUCAUUCGAGAUAAGGAUGAAGCAUCAGUACAAGGAGUGCAAGAUGAUGAAGGCCUAGCACCUGGCCCACCUUCUCCGUUUACAGUAUUAUUAAAGGAAAAUUCCGGAAUUCGCCUAGCACCCAGGGCAACCCUGGAUAUUCCAGUUAUUUACACACCAGACAUUAUGAUUUCUAGCCAGGCUAUGGUUACUAUCAGUGUAAGAAAGGAAAGUGGAGAAUCAUGGAAAUUUAAACCUAUGGAAGUAACAGACAAAAAUGCAGGUUAUGCUGCUCAUUUAAAGAGAUCAGAAAGCGGAAGCUUAAGAGAAUUACAAUGGACAUAUCCGGUCCACGGUUUCCCGGAGGCCAGAUCACAACCAAAUGCCCCUCCGGCAUUGAUCCAAUGUCAGUCUCGAUGUGCUUGCGAAGAGCGCUUAGAAUUAAAAUUAGCCGGAGUAGUUCCGGGAGCCGAAGGUCCAAUUGCACAAGUUAGAUCAAUAACUCCCAUUAAAUCAGCUUCCGCCUCUUCGUCUUCCUUAACCGGAGUUGUUUUAACAAAAUCUCUUGCUGUUGCCGAGGAGUUUGACCACACACUAGACUAUCCAAACGCGGAUGCUAAACAGGAUUGUGAACAAUCAGUUCGUUUAAGAUUAGUGAGGAAAGAGAGAGACCAGUCGACUGGUUUGGUUGUACUUUGUUUUAACGUGUUAUUUUCCCCAAAUAAGCCUAUGAACCACGAAAUAACUUUGAUUAUACAAGCGGCAACUGGAGGUAUAUGGAAGUUUGCUCUAAAGAUUUUGGCCUCUGAGCCGGAACCAGACGACAUUAUCGAGAUGGAAACGGCCGGUUUGGGAACAAAAUCGGGCGUUAUUAUUAAAUUGACUAGCCAAGAGGUUCAAUCAGCUGCUUUUCAUGCGUUUUUUACAGAGGAUAGUGAUCCGGCUUUUUCGGUUUAUCCAACUUCCGGGGAAUUACCACCCAGCGAUUCUGACGGUUUACCAUUACACAUCUGCUUUCAACCAACAAUCUACGGAAAAAAUUAUGGUGGUAAAUUAAUCGUACAAACGUCUAAAAUUCAAUGGUCCUACUAUGUAGUUGGUAAAUUACCAUCUUAUGAACCACCAACUGGACAAGCUACAAGGCCAAUUGCAGGACCUCAUUUAGACCCAAGAAAAAGAAGCUAUCCUGUAAAUUUAGUAAGGAGAAAUAUGAAAUUAACGACAACUGCCCCUUCAUCACCAGUAAAGGGAGCCAAAUUGGUUCCGAGACUAGGCGCCAACUGA